UGAAAAAAUAACAAAACAAAACAAAUUGCGAAAGAUUAACGAAUCUAUUUUUUAAAAAUGCCACAAACUUCUGAGAAACAAAAACUUGUUAAUUUUAUAAUUGAAGAAGCUGCUUCUAAUAUAUUACUACAUCUGGAUGACGACAAUAGCUAUUGGAAAACUAUGGAUGAAUUGGAUGAAAGUCUUGCAAUUAUCUUAUCGAACCAUCGCGGAAAUUAUCAAAAUGUGCCUAAGUGUUUGGAAUGGAGGACUAAUGUUCUUGACUAUUUAGACGAAGGACGUUACCAACAAAUGCUCCGAGUCUCAAGAGAUCAAUUUGCGUUGCUAUUGUCCUUGAUCAAAGAUAGUGCACAGUUUAACAACGCUCAAUCCAUUAGGCAAUUUUCAGUAGAAAUGCAGUUAGCUAUAACCUUAUAUCGUUUGGGUUCAUCGGGUGAAAGUGCGGCGAUUCGGAAAGUAGCUACACUGUUUGGUGUAGGAGAUGGUGAAACGCUUUACAAGAUUACAAAAAGAGUAUUUUCGUCAAUUUUGGAGUUAAAAUCUAGAUAUAUCACUUGCCCUGAUACCAGUGAAAGACAAAAUAUCGUUAAAACAACGUACAAUGAGCUGCCGCAUUGCAUAGGGUAUAUUGAUGGUACUGAAUUGAAACUUGCAGAAGCACCAGUUGUUAACCAUUCGGCUUAUUUUUCAAAAAGCCGAAUCUAUUCCAUAAAGGCACAAGUUGUAUGCGAUUAA